AUGUCUAAUAACAAUAAUGAUGUGGAGAAUUUAAGAUUUGGUGCCAGCCAAAAAGGUCCAGAAGCUCCUACUCCAUCUGGUGAAAUCCAAACAAACUGGCACGGUGUCCUACUCCAGCAAGCCUCAGUCUAUGGAAUAGCAGCCGGUUACUGCCUAUCUGCAUCUUUGCUUUCCAUCAUCAACAAAUGGGCGGUCAUGAAAUUUCCUUAUCCCGGGGCAUUAACUGCUUUACAGUACUUCACAAGCACAGCUGGGGUCCUCAUUUGUGGAUGGCUUAAUUUCAUUGAGCGUGACAGGCUUGACCUUUUAACCAUGUGGCGCUUCCUGCCUGCAGCAAUUAUAUUCUACCUUUCUCUUUUCACCAACAGUGAGCUCCUUCUUCAUGCCAAUGUUGACACAUUCAUUGUCUUCCGUUCAGUAGUUCCCAUAUUUGUUGCAAUAGGAGAGACCCUCUUCUUGCGCCAGCCAUGGCCGUCAAUUAGAACAUGGAUCUCACUUGUCACUAUCUUUGGAGGGAGUGUGCUUUAUGUGCUAACAGAUUACCAGUUCACAGUCAUGGCUUAUAGCUGGGCUCUAGCUUACCUGGUAAGCAUGUCCAUAGAUUUCGUUUACAUAAAGCAUGUAGUCAUGACCAUCGGUUUGAAUACAUGGGGUCUCGUGUUGUACAACAAUCUUGAGGCUCUCCUACUGUUUCCUUUGGAGCUGCUUAUAAUGGGUGAAUUGAAGAAGAUAAAGCAUGAAAUCACGGAUGAGUCAGAUUGGUACUCUUUCCAGGUGGUUUUGCCAGUAGGGUUAUCAUGUUUGCUUGGUUUAUCAAUCUCUUUCUUUGGGUUUUCUUGCCGGAGGGCAAUUUCUGCAACCGGGUUUACUGUUCUUGGUAUAGUGAACAAACUAUUAACGGUUGUGAUUAAUUUGGUCAUUUGGGACAAUCAUUCGACGUUUGUGGGAACAAUGGGGCUUUUGAUUUGUAUGUUUGGUGGGGCUAUGUAUCAGCAGUCUACAAGCAAAAAGCCUAAAGAUGCAAAAGAAGUCAAUGCACAGGAGACUGACGGGGAACAACAAAAGUUGCUUGAAAUGCAAUGCAACUCAGAAAGUAACGGUAAUCAGUAG